AUGUCUGCUGAUGAAUUAAAAGCUCAAGGUAACGCUGCUUUUGCCGCUAAAGAUUAUGAAAAGGCAAUUGAAUUUUUUUCAAAAGCAAUUGAAAUUGCUCCAACUAAUCAUGUCCUAUAUUCAAAUCGUUCAGCUUCUUUUGCCUCUUUAAAACAAUUUGAUAAAGCUUUACAAGAUGCUCAAAAAACAAUUGAAAUCAAUCCAACUUGGGCUAAAGGUUAUAGUAGAGUUGCUGCUGCUUAUCAUGGCUCAAAUCAAUUGGAUGAUGCUGAAAAAUCUUAUCAAAAAGCUUUAGAAUUAGAUUCUUCAAAUAAACAAGCUCAAGAUGGGUUAAAAUCUGUACAGGCUGCAAAAUCAUAUGCUAAUGCAGGUCCAGGUCCAGAUUUAGGCUUAGGUAAAUUAUUUAAUGAUCCAAAUUUAAUUGAAAAUUUGAAAAAAAAUCCAAAAACUUCAGAAUUAAUGAAAGAUCCAAGUUUAGUUGAUAAAGUUAUUAGAAUGAAAAAUAAUCCUCAAUCUGGUGCUCAAGAUAUGCUUUCUGAUCCAAGAUUAAUGACUAUAAUGGCUACAUUAUUAGGUGUUGAUUUAAAUGAUGAUUCUCCAGUUGGUGCUCAAGCUAAUGCUGCAUCAACCCCAACUCCAUCUUCUUCAUCAUCAUCAAAAGAAUCAGAACAAACUUCAGUUCCUGAACCUAAAAAACAAAAACAAGAAGAACCAAAGAAAGAUAAAGAUGGUGAUAUUAAAAUUGAAGAAGCUACUGAUUCAACAACUUCACAAAAACAAAAAGCUGAUGAAUCAAAAGCUGAAGGUAAUAAAUUAUAUAAACAAAGAAAAUUUGAUGAAGCAAUUGCUAAAUAUAAUGAAGCUUUUGAAAUUAAUCCAGAUGUUACUUAUUUAAAUAAUAGAGCUGCUGCUGAAUUUGAAAAAGGUGAUUAUGAAUCAACAAUUAAAACAUGUGAAGAAGCUAUUACAAAAGGUAGAGAACAAAGAGUUGAUUAUAAAAUUAUUGCUAAAUCAUUUGCAAGAAUAGGUACAACUUAUUUAAAAAAACAAGAUUAUCAACAAGCUAUUAAUUUUUUUGAAAAAUCUUUAACUGAACAUCGUACUCCUGAUGUCUUAAGUAAAUUAAGAUCAACUCAAAAAUUAAUUAAAGACGCUGAAAUUAAAGCUUAUAUUAAUCCUGAAAAAGCUGAAGAAGCAAGAUUACAAGGUAAAGAAUAUUUCACCAAAGGUGAUUGGCCAAAUGCUGUUAAAGCUUAUAGUGAAAUGAUUAAACGUGCACCAGAAGAUGCAAGAGGUUUUUCAAAUAGAGCUGCUGCUUUAGCUAAAUUAAUGUCAUUCCCUGAAGCUGUUAAAGAUGCUUCAAAAGCCGUGGAAUUAGAUCCAACUUUCAUUAGAGCUUAUAUUCGUAAAGCAAGUGCAGAAAUUGCAUUAAAAGAUUUUGCUAAAGCAAUUGAAACUUUAGAUUUAGCAAGAACAAAAGAUUUAGAAGUUACUAAAGGUAGCAAUGCUAAGGAAAUUGAUCAAUUAUAUUCUAAAGCUUAUCAACAGAGAUUUCAAGGUUCUUCAGCAAAUGAAACUCCUGAACAAACAUUUGAAAGAGCUUCAAAAGAUCCAGAAGUUGCUGCAAUUUUACAAGAUCCUGUUAUGAAUUCAAUUUUAAGUCAAGCAAGAGAUAAUCCUCAAGCUUUACAAGAACAUAUGAAAAAUCCUGAAGUUGCAAGAAAAGUUCAAAUUUUAAUUGCUGCUGGUAUUAUUCGUACAAGAUAA